GUAUUAGUAAUAUUUAUGUAAUAAAUUUUGAUGGCCCAGUGGCAGUAGACCUUUAAUUAGGACUAUGUUUAAGUUGCAUUUUGAUAGAUUAGUAUCUUGCUUAAGUAUUGUUGUUUAGUGGCCUAAUGGCAGGGUGCCUUUAAGUAUGGUUUUUAAUUAGGGGAGUGAAUUUGUAAUCAGUUCCAAGUGCUGCAGUCAUUUGGUGGUUUCAGUUUGAACUAUAAUGCUACUUUAUCUUAAUUUUAAUAUAUAUUUGUUUUAAUUUACCUAUGCAGUAUUAUAUUUAUAUUAUUGUUUUUUACUGCAAGUAACUAUUGGAUAGUUAUUGCAUGGGUAAGUAGUUUUGUAGCACAUUCAUUAGAAACAACUUCCAACAUUAAAUUGGCUGGACCAACCUUCAACUACUCAUAGUGUAAGUGGACUAACACACUCAUCUAUAUAUCAAAUUGAUUUCAUUUCAAUAUAUCCUACAUUGUUUUGCACUGACUUUAGCAGAUCAUACAUGGCUGCAAGUUCUUAUGCAGAUAGCACUACAAGUCUUGGUGGCAGGUUGCAAAAAUGCAUUUUCACCACAAUACAUGUCAAAGAUGAUCCAUUUGGUGAGAUUGAUCCUGUGUUUGUUCAUAAGUACUCCGAUGAGUUGCAUCAACAAUGGAAAGUUUAUGCGGGCAACCACUUACAUUUGCUAUCUUGGAAUCAAUCUCUUCGAAAACCUCUAAUAACAGAUGGAUGGACAGAACUUCGUGAACACUUUGAGUUGCAGUUCCAAUAUCAUGAGAUUAAUAUGGUGUAUUACGGUGAUAGUAUGUUCCAACUGCUGCUUCCUUUGACAGGACCAAUUCCAACUAAUGAAUUUCCUUCAUUUCACUCCCUGUCUACUAAACUCAGUGAACCAUUAACAUUUGAGAUUCUUUUAUCAAAUAACUCAAUUGGAUCAAGAGACAAAUUAGUUUUCAACAAGUGGUUAGGUGACUAUAUCACUUCUUUUCAUAAUUAUCUGGUGCUUGAAGGUCCGGUCGCUGAACCUCAUUUGGUCGAAAUUAUUCAAAGGCAAGGGGGAAAUGGAAUUCGAGAAUUGGAGUAUCUAUACAAUGGCAUAAAUUCAACAUGGAUAAUUACUUCUCAGCUGGAGAUCUUCUCAAGUUUACUUUUUUUGAUAUCAAAAAUAGCAACAGAGUUGAUGUUGAUGUAG